AUGAAACAGAAGCUCACCAAGGACCUCCUGAAGAACUUAUGUGCAGAGCUACAGAAAGAUGAGUUCGCGGGAACACUGAUCAAGAAGCUGGUGGGCGAGCAUUGGCUGGAGAAGGUCGAUGACUUGCGGUACGUCCCGUCCACACGACUAGAAGGCUGGGGCGUCCCGCUCAAGCUGAUAGACGAGAUAUAUGACUUCUUGGCUGAAAACGAUGCCGACGAAGGUGCCCACAAUGUGAAUGCCUACGUCAACUACACUCUUCGCCCGGCCGUGCAGGGCUUCACGCCUGCGAUUUCGUUCGCAAAGUUACGCGAUGAUGCCGAAAAGCGCCGACAUCCCAAGACCUGGGCAGCCAGACGGCUGCAACACUGGUUUCGGAAUCGGCAGAAGCAGCGGGCGAGGCGGCCGCUCGUGACAGAUGAUCAGGUUCUUUCCUGGGUCGAGGACGGCGAUUUCUUCAAGCCGGACUCGGGCAAGUCGAAGGAGUUGCGUGAAAAACGAGCCAAAGAAUCUCUCAAGAAGGGUGUCGCCAGGUGGCGGGAGCGCAAAGCUCGUGAGAAGGCUCAGGGAGUUCGAGGUCCUCAAACUCGUCCUGCACCUGCCGACCCAUUCUUGGCCAAGAUCGCUGCAACGAGCCCCAACACCAUUCCAGCUUUCCUUGCGCAGCGAGCCGCUGCAACACCAAGAAAAUGCGAAGUUUCCGAGCUUUUCAGUGAGUUUGGCAAGACGCUGAACCAAUCGGACGAGGAAUUGCGGCCCUAUGUCCACAGGCUUGUCACCAUCAACUGGCUGGAAGAAAAGGAGGAUUUGUCUCUGGUGGAGGAUCGCCAUUGGGAAGCUUGGGCUAUCCCGGAGAAGCUGGUCGUGCUGGCCAAGCAAGAGGCAACUUUGGGGUCAGCCGAUGUCUAUACUACCGAGAAGGAUGUGGCUUCAGGAGUUUGA